CUCGGGACUUUCUGUGGCGGAAAUUAUACUUUGCCUCUUAAAAACAGUAAACCCUUAAAAUGAGGGGUUUUUUUCCCUGUUGUAGUUUUUAUGCACUGUAAACGCUUCAGAGGUGUUGAACUUUGGGUUAAUGUACACAGAUUCAGGAAGAGUCAGAAAUGUGGAAAAUACGGGAGUGGGAGAAGCAGACAGAAGAGACUUACUGGAGAAAGCAAAGCAGAAUGCUGUCUGACACCUCCAGCAGUCGGAUGCGCAGCGAUGGCUUCGAUGAGGAGAGCCACAGGGCCGACUGGAGGGCAAAGACCUCGCAGUUUCUUGACCCAAUCGAAGAUGAUUUUAGGGCACGGUCCUGGAAUAAAAAGCUCUAUGAAUGCGAAGCCAACAUGCCGGACAGAUGGGGUCACAGUGGCUAUAAAGAGUUAUACCCUGAAGAAUUUGAUACAGAUAGCGAUCAGCAAGAAGGAGAUGAACAAAAUGCUGUCAAUGGCAAGAAGAAAUCUCAUCUGGGAAAGCAACCUGCCCGUGAUUCGCACAAACGGAAAAAAACAAAGAAAUCACACAGGAAAAAGCAAAAAAAACGAUCACACAAAAAGCGAAAGAAAAAGAAAAAGGAGCAGGCAAGAACAUCAUCCGAUUCUUCCCAGGAGAGUGAGUGCUCAGAAGAGACUUCAGGUACCCGCAAAGGGAAACACAAGCGCAAGAAAAAGACCAGGAAAGUGCCUGCCAGGAAACCUGCCUCUUCUUCUGGGCAGGAAAGUGACUUUUCCCAUGCAAGCAGCUCAACCACCAGCAGCUCUGAGGACAGUGAAUCUGAGGAGAAAAAAGAGAAAUGUCCCCCCAAAAAGAGAAAGAAACGUCAUAAUUCUGUGUCGGAGAGGAACAGUGAAGUACCAGAGAAGAGGAGCAAGAGGAAGAACUGGAAAGUGGCAGCUGACGAGAAAUCAGAGGAUAGCUCAGAUGAGGACUGAUGAGGAAAUACCGAGCCUAGGCUGCAGCUCAGACAAUAAGGUAGAGGACAGAGGCGGGUGUUUUUCUUUCAGCACUGCCCCACGGUACAACGUGUUCAACACUGUGGUUUAUCCCUCCUGCCAGCCCGCAGGGGAGAAACUGAGCUCUGGCUGCCUGCAGGACGUGCCCCCUUGCUUUUCACUGACUUGACAUUGGAAAAGCUGGGGAGCAGCGGCCCGCCUCGCAGGUUGGCUGGUCCUGCCUACUCCAGAUUGUCUUUACGUCGCCAGAUUGACCUUUGAUGCACAGAAACGUCACAGGCUGUCUACAGGCGUGACUGCACCAUUUUUAUUUUUUUAAUUAAGUUUUAACAGAUUGUUUCCUUUUUUCAUGACCCAAGUAAUGACCAACACAUGCAAUAAAAGAGCGGCAAGAUGAAAGUC